AUGUAUAUUGAAGGGUAUUACAAUAAACUUAAUGAAAUCGGGUUCUUUUAUUGGAUAGAUCAUGUGUAUUACAAACUUCUAUGUUUAUGGUCAAAAUAUACUGACGCCUCUGAUGAGUACGAAGCCGAAUGCUAUGAAGACGUGAGAGACCUCCCUCCACCAGAGAUUGUCACUAGGGAGGAAUGGGAAGCAAGAACUCCCUUGUCUACAGACGAUGAGGAACUCCCAGUCCCCAACAGCUUCAUAAUCUUCCAUGACACAAAAGGGGACCAAUGUUUUACAAAGGAAGAAUGCUGCGAGAGAGUGCGUCAGAUUCAGGACAUGAAUAUGGACAAGUGGAAGUUCUCAGAUAUUGUGUACAACUUCCUUGUAGGUGGAGAUGGAAGGAUAUACGAAGGCAGGGGAUGGCGCAGACCUGGGGAACAUACGGACGAUUGGAAUCAUAAAAGCAUUGGAAUAGCAGCCAUUGGGGACUUCAGAGAUGAAGCUCCAAAUGAAGAAAUGCUAGAGGGUAUUGAAAGAUUCGUCAACUUGGGUAUAAGUAAUGACAAUCAAUACCUAACUGACACAUAUACCGUGUUAGCACAUUGCCAACUGGACGAGAGCAACUAUUGGACUGAAUGUCCUGGGGAUGCGUUCUUGGAAGAGAUCCGAGACAUGCCUCAUUGGGAGAUGGCGGAAAGUUACUAUGAAUCAACAUGUGAGUCAUCUACCUACCACUCUUAUAAUACUUCAACAUAUCGGAAUGCAUCUGACUGUACCUCAGAGUCCGACUAUGACUAUCCUAAGGGAUACGACGAGAAGUUAUUUGGUCCUUGGGAUAAAAUCAAUUUCGAUUAAUACCUUUCACUCUGAAAACAUAAAUUUGUG